UGCGCCGGCCGCCUGGUUGUCGGGCUUGGCAUCGGCAUUGCUUCUAUGACGGUGCCAGUGUAUAUUGCUGAGGUCUCACCACCCAACUUAAGAGGUCGAUUAGUCACCAUUAAUACCCUCUUCAUCACAGGAGGCCAGUUCUUUGCAAGUGUUGUUGAUGGAGCAUUCAGUUAUCUCCAGAAGGAUGGAUGGAGGUACAUGUUGGGACUUGCAGCGAUUCCAGCAGUCAUACAGUUUUUUGGCUUCCUCUUUUUACCUGAAAGCCCCCGAUGGCUUAUUCAGAAAGGACAGACUCAGAAGGCCCGUAGGAUUUUGUCUCAGAUGCGAGGCAAUCAGACGAUUGAUGAAGAAUAUGAUAGCAUCAAAAACAACAUUGAAGAAGAGGAAAAGGAAGUUGGUUCUGCUGGACCUGUGAUCUGCAGAAUGCUGAGUUAUCCCCCCACUCGCCGUGCUUUGAUUGUGGGUUGUGGCCUACAGAUGUUCCAACAGCUCUCAGGCAUUAACACAGUCAUGUACUACAGUGCAACCAUCCUGCAGAUGUCUGGCGUUGAAGAUGACAGACUCGCAAUAUGGCUGGCUUCAGUUACAGCCUUCACAAAUUUCAUUUUCACACUCGUGGGAGUCUGGCUCGUUGAGAAAGUGGGCCGCAGAAAGCUUACCUUCGGAAGUUUAGCAGGUACCACCAUAGCACUCAUUAUUCUUGCUUUGGGAUUUCUGCUAUCGGCCCAGGUUUCCCCACGCAUCACUUUUAAACCAAUAGCUCCAUCAGGUCAGAAUGCUACUUGCACAAGAUACAGGUGAGACUCUGUGAU